ACUUCACGUUUCCGAUUGUGUUAUUUUUAAUUAAAGUUUUUUCAACUGGGACAAAUAAAGUUUUAAUCUUUGUCUGUGUGCGCGGGCGCCUUUUUUUUUUUAGUCAUUUUUAUUGGGUAUAUGCUCGCCGGCGAUGCCGACGCCGGUGACAGUGGCCAGGCAAUGCUUGACGCCGGAGGCAGCCAACGCACUUGACGAGGCAGUUGGGGUAGCUCGUCGGAGGGGUCAUGCCCAGACCACCUCACUUCACGCGGUGUCGGCGCUCUUGUCGCUCCCUUCUUCCCCUUUGCGUGAGGCCUGCGCGCGGGCUCGGAACGCUGCGUGCUCCCCGCGCCUUCAAUUCAAGGCACUGGACCUGUGCCUGAGCGUAUCGCUGGACCGCGUGCCGUCGAGUCAGCAGGUCGGGCAUGAACCGCCCGUGUCGAACUCGCUCAUGGCGGCAAUAAAACGGUCCCAAGCCAACCAGCGGAGGCAGCCCGAGAAUUUCCAUCUGUAUCGCGAUAUCUCGCAGCAGAACCUGUCUAAUAUCUCGUGCAUCAAAGUCGAGUUGCAGCACUUGAUUUUGUCGAUUCUCGAUGACCCGGUAGUUAGUCGGGUAUUCGGCGAAGCGGGUUUCCGGAGCUCCGAAAUCAAGCUCGCCCUUAUCCGGCCGCUCCCCAAUCUCCUCAGAUACCCUCGACCACGGGGUCCUCCUGUCUUCCUCUGUAAUUUGGAGAAUUCGAAUCCGGACAACGACCGGGGCCCUCGUCGGAGUUUCAGCUUCCCGUUUCCGGGCUUUGCCGCCUUUUUCGACGGAGAAGAAAACUGUAGAAGGAUUGGCGAGGUGUUAGCGCGGAGGAGGAAUCCCUUGCUUGUGGGCAUCUGUGCUCGUGAUACGCUCACGAGCUUCAUAGAUAGCGUGGAGAAGAAAAAGGAUGGUAUUUUGGCUAAGGAGAUUUCUGGUUCAAACGUAAUCAGCAUUGACAGUGAUGUUUCGAGGUUUAUUAAUGGGGAUGUCGAUAAAGGGUGCUUGGAUUCGAAAUUUGAGGAGAUGGGUCGGGUUCUGCAGCGAGAUUUGGGACCUGGGUUAGUGGUGAAUUAUGGUGAUUUGGAGGUAUUACUCAGUGACAACCGGAAAAACGAUGAAAAUGCCAAAGUUGGCGCAAGUGGUCCGGCAAGCUACGUCGUUGCUCAAUUAACAAGAUUGUUGCAGCUUCAUGGGGAGAAAGUAUGGCUUCUGGGUUCCGCAGCAAGCUAUGAGACGUACCUGAAGUUUGUUGGCAGAUUUCCUUCAACUGAGAAGGAUUGGAAUUUGCAGAUUUUGCCCAUCACUUCUGUCAGGCCUUCACUUGCUGAGUCUUUCCCCAAGUCUAGCUUGAUGGAGUCAUUUGUUCCAUUUGGUGGGCUCUUUUCCAUGCCUUCUGAAAUAAAGGGGCCUUUACGCAACCCUCAAUGUGUGACCCGGUGCCGUUCUUGCGAUGAUAAGUGUGAACAAGAAGUUCGUGCUAUUUCAAAGGGAGGUUUCACUUUUUCAAUGGCAGAUCGAUACCAAUCUAGCUUGCCUCCUUGGUUGCGGAUGAAAGAACUGGGCACAAGCAAGGGAUUGAAUGUGAAGGCCAAAGAUGAUGGAAUCAUAUUGAAUGCAAAAGUAGCAGCACUGCAAAAGAAGUGGGAUGCUAUAUGCCAGCAACUUCAUCACACUCCAUUCCCUGAGUCAAAGACUUGUCAAUUAAACUCUGAAUUCCCUACUGUUGUGGGCUUUCAGUUCAUUCAAGACAAGAAGGAAUUUGCUGAUGGUCAAAGAAGCAACAGCAGAGAUGCACUGCCCAAUGACUGUGAUUGCAGGAAUAUCAACCCUGUCAUGUCUGUUAAUUUGCAGAAGCAGUCAGACAUGCCUUAUUCUGUAGUUUCAAAAGCUAAGAAUGGGAGUUUCCUGCCCAGACUAGGGGAAAAACCUACAAAAGGAGAUGAUCUUGAGACUGUUGGCUCCAUAUCUCCUUGUAGUUUAUCCAAUUCAAGUGUGGGCAACUGUAGUCAAGCAUCUCCGACAUCAGUGACUUCUGUGACAACAGAUUUAGGGUUGGGCUUAUGUUCAGUUCUUUCAAGUAAUGAGUCAAUGAAAACUCCCAAUCAAAAACAUAUAGAUCUUGGAAAGGACUUCUCAGAUUGCUUUCGUACAAAUAUUGAUCUUAUCCAUGAAGGUAUAUCUAAUCGUCCAACUCAAUCUUCAUCCUCUUCAUCUCAUGACUUUGGUGGACAGUUCAACUCAAACGAUUUCAAGAGGCUUUUUAGAGAUCUUUCUGAAAGAGUUGGAUGGCAAGAUGAAGCUACACGUCUUAUUAGCCAAACAGUAGUCAACUGCCGAACAAGAAGUGAAAAAUGCCAUGGAGCUAGUCAAAGAGGAGAUGUAUGGUUCAAUUUCAUUGGACCUGAUAGGCGUGGUAAAAGGAAAAUUGCUAUUGCACUUGCUGAGAUAAUAUAUGGAAGCAGAGAUAACUUCAUCUCUAUGGAUUUAAGUUCUGAAGAUGGGAUGAUUAAGACAUCCUCACUCUUUGAUUACGAAGAGUUGAAUUAUGAUUUAAGGUUUCGGGGAAAGAAUGUGGUUGAUUAUGUUGCUGGGGAACUGAGAAAAAGACCAUGGUCUGUUGUCUUUGUUGAAAACGUAGAUCAGGCUGAUGUGUUGAUUUGGAGCAGUUUAUCCCAUGCUAUCCGGACUGGUAAAUUGUCAGAUUCACAUGGAAGAGAAGUCAGCACCAAGAAUGCAAUAUUUGUGAUGACUUCAACAUUAACGACAGAUAGCAAAGUUCUUUUCCAAAGGAUAGAGGCCUCCAACUAUUCUGAGGACAAAAUAUUGAGAGCCAAGGGCUGGCCAAUGCGGAUAUUGGUUGAGUAUAUGGACAGCACCAAUAGCCAAAAUUUGACUCUAGCAACAACAACCAGGGAAGGACGUACCUCUAACCCCGGUUUUUUGAAUAAAAGGAAGAUGCUAGGUACCAAUGAAGUUCUAGACCAGGGUGAGAUUGUGGAGAUGUCUAAAAGGGCAAACAGGACAUCAAGUAUGAAACUAGAUUUGAACAUUCCAGCUGAAGAGGAUGAACUGCAGGAGACUGAAGAUGGGAGUGUUGACAAUGACUCCUCCUCAGAUAACUCCAAGCCUUGGUUGCAAGGUUUCCCUGGUCAGGUGGGUAGCAACGUGGUCAAGGUGGUCUUCAAGUCAUUUGAUUUUGAUACACUGGCGGAGAAACUUACGAACCUAGUUGCCGAGGGCUUUCACAGGAUUAUUGGCUCAGAAUGUUUGUUAGAGAUUGACCAUAAAGUCAUGGAGCAAUUGCUUGCAGCUGCAUAUUUAUCCGACAGCAACAAAGCCGUUGAAGACUGGGUGGAACAAGUCCUUACCAGGGGAUUUGUAGAAGUUCCGAAGAGAUACAGUCUCUCUGCUCACUCUGUUGUGAAACUACUUACCUGUGAAGGCCUUCGUUUUGAGGAGCAAACUCCCAGUGUUCACCUUCCUCUUAAAAUCAUUCUAACCUGAUAUUUUCAGUAAUCCCGUCCUUGAAUUUCAUGUAUAAUGUGGCAUUUAGUGUGUAGUGCACCAUGCCUAGGCAAUUAAUCCUAUAGGCUUCCCUUUUUGUUUCUUCAGUCUUAGGUUGCCUUAUUUUAUUUGAAUCUCAUGGAAUGUGUAGUUAGUCAAGUGCUAGUGUGAUAUAUCAGUGUACCAUAUUAGGUUCUGCAAUACUAUCAGCUGAUAUUUUUAACCUU